CUUUGACCUCCGGCGCUGACUUCCUGUGCAGCAGGUUGUAAACACGGACUGGUUCAGUGAAGAGAAGACACGUUCCUGAACUCUGACACAGUUCAGCCGAGCGCGCGACAGAAGACACAGAGGACACAGAGGACACAGAAGGAUGCGGACUCUCGGCUGAAGCUUCACGCAUGUUUAGCUGCCUCUUCGUACCUUAUCUUCAGUCAUGGCAGGAGUUUUCCAAAGAGCGUCAAAACUGAGGACAGCUCUGAGAAAUCUGAGCUCCUGUGGAACCUUCUCAUCUACAGCCAUAACCAGACGCUCACCUGCAGACCUCCGCAGUCCGUCUCUCCUCUGUGGAUCUGGGCAGUGUGGAGCCUCCACUCGCAGGCUACACGCUGAGGCAGAUGGACAGAAGCCGUCUCCAGCCGCAGCCCCAGAGAGGCGGCCCUUCUCCAGAGUGACUCCAGAAGAUUUGGCCUUCUUCAGAAAGGUCCUACCAGGCGGGACCAUCACUGACCCAGACCUGCUGGAGUCGAGCAAUGAAGACUGGCUCAAAUCAGUGAGAGGUUCCAGUGAAGUGUUGUUGAGACCUCAGACAACAGAGGAAGUUUCUCAAAUUCUCAGUUAUUGUAACAGUCGUAACCUGGCAGUCAACACUCAGGGAGGCAACACUGGGCUGGUUUCAGGCAGCGUCCCAGUCUACGAUGAGAUCAUCCUCUCCACUGCUCUCAUGAACAACAUCCUGAAGUUUGAUAGCAUCUCAGGUAUUCUAACCUGCCAGGCAGGUUGUGUCUUGGAAAACUUGUCCCUCUACCUGGAGGACAGAGACUACAUCAUGCCACUGGAUCUGGGGUCAAAAGGCAGCUGCCAAAUUGGAGGCAACGUGGCAACAAAUGCAGGCGGACUGCGGCUGCUGCGGUACGGCUCCUUACACGGGACCGUGCUGGGUCUGGAAGUGGUGUUGGCAGAUGGGCGGGUGCUGGACUGUUUGACCACGCUGCGGAAAGAUAACACCGGGUAUGACCUCAAACAGCUGUUCAUAGGGUCAGAGGGUACACUGGGGGUCAUUACAGCCGUGUCGAUUCUUUGUCCUCGGAAACCAAAAUCUGUCAACGUGGUUUUCCUGGGCUGUGAGACCUUCGAGAAGCUACUGCAGACGUUUCAGCUCUGCAGAGGCAUGCUGGGAGAAAUCCUGUCAGCUUUUGAGUUCCUGGACAGUGAAUGUAUGAGGCUGCUGAACACGCACCUCAAAAUACCUAAUCCCAUUUCUGCCUGCCCAUUCUACAUCGUCAUAGAAACAUCUGGAUCCGACGCGACACACGAUGGAGAAAAACUCCACAACUUUCUCGAAGAGGCGAUGACCUCUUUGUUUAUCACUGAUGGAACUGUGGCGACUGAGGAUUCAAAAAUAAAGGCUCUGUGGUCGAUGAGGGAACGCGUCACAGAGGCGCUGACUCACGAGGGCUACACGUACAAGUAUGACAUCUCACUUCCAGUGGAGCAGAUCUACCAGCUGGUGACAGACAUGAGGAAGCACGUGGGCACCCGAGCCAAGAGUGUGGUGGGGUACGGACACGUAGGUGAUGGCAACCUCCACUUAAACAUCACAUCUCCUGCCAAAGACCCGUCUCUCCUCGCUGCCAUCGAGCCGUUUGUCUACGAGUGGACGGCCAGUUACCAGGGCAGCAUCAGCGCUGAGCACGGACUGGGCCUGAAGAAGAGGAACUACAUCUACUACAGUAAACCCAGCCAGGCCGUGGCUCUUAUGGGCAACAUCAAAACCAUGCUAGACCCCAAAGGCAUCCUCAACCCGUACAAGACUUUACCAGACAACCUCAAAUGACCUCACAACCUCGCUGCUGCUGUGGAGUAAAAAUGUCUCAGAAUCUCACGUGGGACUGAUCUCCACAUGGUUUUAAUGCAGCUCAUGCCGUCAUCUUCCUGAACUGCAGGUUUUGCACAUCCAGCAAGUUUCACAUCUUUACAUAAAGGCACAAUGUAUCGCUGUAAACUUUGGUGAGGCUACAAGUAGCAGAGGAUGAUUAGUAUUUGGAUUUACUUAAACUGUAAAAUGACUUAGACAAUCUGUAACUGUUGGACAGCUUUUGAUUGUGCCAGCAGUUUUCAAAAUCACAUCUUGAAUUGAAAAGUUAAAUCCCCCACACAAGGAAAUGUAAACCUUGUUAAUAAAUGGGUGCAGAGGUGAUAAUUAUGUAUAGGAAUAAAUUAAAGAUGAAGCUUUAUGUUGUAGAAUCCAGCAUUUGACUUAAGAACCAGAGAAUUUGUGUCACUCUGCAGCCACAGGUUAGAAAGAUCUGUCAUCUGGCCACUGUUUUAAGAGCCUUUCCUUUAAAAUGACCUAGAAAAUGAAGUUUUCUAAAAUCAUAAAACAGCAAACAGUUGAGCAAGAAUGCAGUAAAUGUUUUAUUACAUAUAAAAAAGACAAAGCAAAAUUUGUUUUUUUCAAAACAAGUUUGUUUGUAACCACACUCCUCAGUAACUGUAUUUUUUAAAUAAAAACUGUUUCCAAAUGAAGAUGGAGCGUUAAUUUUCCAUUAUUCAGGGGACCUGUACAGUGUUAUGCAUUAUGGGAGACGAGAGGAGUGAAUAGAGGCCCAGCUCGCAACAUAAAGUCUUCACCUCCAGUGUCUUAUUUAAAAAAAAAAAAAAAUCAGCACAAACAGGUCUUCCUUGAUUCCUCUCUGCUGACAGAGAAGACUUUUACAGUGAGUUUAUGACGCGUCAGGCAGAGAGGAACACGUCAGUUCAUAUUCUUAUAAGAUACAGAAUCAUUCCUAUUGUCAGGAGCUUACUGUGUUUGUUGCAGGAAGCACCAGAAUAAACAAGUAACAUUUGUGGUGCUUCUCCUCAGCUCGAUUCCUUUUCCUCAACAAAUUGUUUCUUUCUAGCUUCAUUAAUGACAACAUGGGUAUAGAACAUUCAUUGGCAUCAAUACUUGUAUAUAAAGUCAGUCCAUUUCACGCACCAUCAGUCUUACAUAUCCUCAGUAGUGUGGUAGUAGUGGAGCUCUAGUACAUAAAUAUCAUACUACGUUUAAAAAGUUUCAAAACAGUUGUUUCUAUUGGCUCUUUUCCUUUUGUUAGUGUGUGCUUGGUGUGUGUUUGUGGCGUUUGUUGGCAUGGUGUGAUAAAGCUAAAUGAGAGAAAUUAUUUCCGAUUGUCUCUGAGCGAAAUGCUCGGACCACGCGCCAAAACCAGUGGCUGGGGAUCAGAAACUGAACUGUAAGCGACUUCGAAUGUCGUGUUUUGUGUGUGAGAGACAGAGAGGUGGGCGUUAAAGCAUCACUACAAUAUGCCAUCUGUGUUGUUCACACUCAGUUCAAGUCAGUGCAAACACAUUGGCAACAGGUUUGUGUCCCUUGGCGAAGGCAGUUUUUUUUUCCCUGACAGGACAAUUCUGAACAUCUGAGUCAGAGAGAGGGAUCUGGGGGGGGGGGGGGCAACC